AUGUUUGUGUGGGUCCUCACCGGCGAGACCAUGGAAUGAUGUCAGCAAAUGUAUCAGCCCGGACUUCAACUCGAACGUGGUAUUAUUCAUCUCUGGGAAAGUUAUGCAAAGAGGUUGGUUUGGAAGUACGACAUCAGCAAGUUGCCUCAAGGUACGCUCCUCGUUCGCCAUUAGUGCAUUCUCGAUGAUUAUAUGGGUGUCUUUUUGGCUUUUAUCACUCCCACUUUCUUCCUCUACGUCCUCGCUUUCGAUUUCGAACUGGAUACCCUUGCUGAAAAUCGCCUCCUUCUCUUUUUUUUAUGAUAAUUUCUCUGCUUUUCUUUUUAUCCCAUGCUUGAAUUGUUGGAAACAAAGACACUGGGAUCAAAAUCUCGCAAGUCCUAAUCCUAUUGUAAGUUUUCAAUUCUAUUAUAUUAUUGUUGAUUGGGUUUAUGUUCUUCAAUCUGAUUAUCAAAAAAUUGAAUCCAAGAAUGAGGUAAUCCAUUCACCUAGG